AUGCGUCGCAUGUACCGCUUCAAGCUCGUGCUCGAUGACUGCAUCAUUGCCGCCGUGAUUAACGGCCAGUUCAACGUACUUCAGUACCUGCAUGCCGACGGGUCUGUGAACUCGUUUCCCAAGCAUUGCAUGCAACACGCGGUGGCAUGUGGACAUUUGGGCAUUGUGCGAUUCCUAGACACGUAUCGCCUGGAAGCACGCGGUGGUCCGGCCAUGAACGCGGUGUCAGAGUUUGGACGACUGCGCGUUGUCAAGUGGUUGCACUACCACCAACGAGAAGGAUGCAAUACUUGGGCCAUGGACGCCGCCGCCUAG